AUGGCAAACCCUAUCAAUGUCAGCGAUGCCCCCGUGCAUUCGCCCGGUUGGAGCAUCUCCAACGUCAUGACCGGUCGCGUAAGCCUCUGUCCACCACCAAAAUCUACUUCUGCUGAUCCACUGUUAGACACCAAGGAGAAGCCGUACGGCUGUGUCCGGUGCCAAAAGGCGUUUACGCGCAAAGAUCUCCUGGUGCGCCAUGAACGCCUGGCACAUUCGGCCGGUAGUCCGGCUCAUCAUCCACCGCAGACACCAUCCCCUGCUCACCCCGCCGUGGAUGGCUUGGAUACGUUGGCAUCCGUGGUGACUGACCAUGCUGAUGCGAGCCAUCGCGCCAUUUCGGGGAGCAAUGCUCAUUUUCCGACCGAUUUGUCGGCGACCGUGCAUCGUGCACCGAUGCUAGGCGCGCCCUUGGCUGCUAGUCACACCCCGUCAGCAGGGCCGACCACUCCUAUCCCGGGGCCGGAAUUUGGAUAUGCAUUAGGUGGAAUCCCAGCCGCUACGUACGAAGGAAAUGACUUCACCUCUUUCUUGGAUAGCGUGCCUCUGCCCAGUCAUCCUUAUUCCCCCGCGUACCAGCCGCUGCCAUUGUUUCCACCAUUUCACUUUUCGCCGAUCCCAGACUAUGACCAAGCUUCUUCAGAGAGAGGGCCACUCAGUGAACCCGCCUCGACUCCUUCGAGUUCGGUGCUGCCUCGGCAUGGGGCCCAACUUCCAUCCCUCCAGCCGGAGGGAUACCAAACCAGUUACAAAACGAGACAGCCGACGGGAUUCGUUCCUGUCACCGCACAAUGUCGGGAAAAGAUCUUGAGUCUUCUAUCUGACUAUGCGAAUGUGGUUCCAAACCCUUCGCUGCCUUCGCGGCAUGCUCUAUCGCGGUGUCUGACUGGGUAUCUUAUGGGCUUUCAUGAUCAUUACCCCGUGGUACAUAUGCCCACGCUGGAUGUCGAGUCCAUGACUCUGCCACUUUUCCUCUCCAUGGCAGCGCUAGGGGCACGGUAUUGUCGCGAACCAGAUACCAGCCACCAUCUCUAUCAAAUUGCCAAGCCCGUUACCCUCGAGCAUGUGCGCCGGGUCUUUCAAUCCGGGACGAUGCCCGCCGCCAGUGCGGCUGAAGAUAACGACACCCUAGAGACCGUACAAGCACUCUUGUUCCUCACCUCUGUCUCCUCAUGGUUCAUCAACAACCCACCAUACCACGAGGCCUUGUCGUUCCGCAGCCUGAUGGAGACGCUGGUACGCAAAGGCGGGUUAAACCGUCUACCGGAUCACGAUGGAUCUUGGGAAAGCUGGAUCCAGCGAGAACGAGUCAAACGCACCAAGCUGAUUGUAUUCUGCUUCUUCAACAUUCAUACCAUCGUCUUCGAUCUGCCCCCGGUAAUCCUAACCGAGGAGGUCGCGAUAGAUCUGCCGUGCACGGAAAAGGAAUGGCAAGCAUCACAAGCCGAAAUCUGGCAGGCAGAGCGCAGCCAGAGUCCCGGUGAACCGAAAUUCCAGGAUGCGCUGGCCACGCUCUUCAAUCCUUCCAGCAGCGAAGUGGAGCGCUUCUCCUCUCUCGGCGGCUAUGUGCUCAUCCACGCUAUCCUGCAGGAUAUCUGGCUGAUGACCAAGGCGGGUCGACUCCCCGUCUCCCGACGCAGCCGGUUCGGACCGCCACCGGCAUCAACGCAGGAGAUCGUGGCCGUCGAGCAGGCGCUGGAACGGUGGUGUCAAUGCUGGGAGCGCAAUCAGGAAUCGUCUAUCGACCCUCUUAGCCCGCAUGGCCCACUCUCCUUUACAUCGGCCGCUCUGCUCCGACUCGCAUAUAUCCGGCUGAACGCAGACUGUGGUUCUGCCCGACAAUUGCAGACGUGGGACCCGGUCCAGAUCGCGUUCAGCCUGAAAGAGAAUCUGCACGUACGGCGAGGCGACCGUCUAACACGGGCAGCACUCCACUGCGCUCACGCGCUGAGCACGCCCGUUAAACUGGGUCUUAGUUUCGUAGCUCACUCGCAGGUCGUGUUGUGGUCUAACCAACAUGCCUUGUGCUCCUUAGAGUGUGCCGUGCUGCUAGCCAAAUGGCUCGAGGCCAUCACUGUAGAGCACCCAGGUCCACCCCUGACCGAGCAAGAAACCCGGCUGCGGGAUUUCGUACUGGAGAUGGUCAUGGAGGUCCAGCAUGGGGUCUCGCGCGAGUGGUUGCUCGCCACCAACACCCGACUCAGCGCCGCGGUCACACGUCUGUGGGCGCGGUUAUUUACGGCGGACUAUAUCUGGGAGAUGGUCAAUUUGAUCGGGCGGUCUCUAAAUAGCUAUGCAGACCUGCUAGAGCGAGAUUGA